UGGCAGUAUAAAAGCAGCCCAUGGCUACACCGAGAACACCACUUCUUCGGACUGCAGCCCCAAAGAGCCGCACUAUGAACUCAUUGGUGAUCUUCCUCGUUGGUUCCGCCCUUCUGGUGUGCACUAUGGCCGGUGGGCUCAGUGGCGUCGGCUACGGUGGAGGCCUCGGUUACGGUGGUGGUCUCGGCUAUGGUGGUCUCGGCUACGGUGGUCUCGGCUACGGUGGCGGCUUAGGUGUCGGAGGAGUAGGCGUCGGCAGUAGCGUAGCAUUGCUCAGCGGUGGACCUGGCUUCUCGAAGGCUGUGGCCGGACCCGCCUUCCUCGUGCGCACCGUGCACCACGUGAACAAGGUCCACGGCGGAGGCGCCAUCGUCGCUCACUCCGGUCUUGGAGGAGUCGGUGGAGGACUCGGCUACGGGGGAGGCCUGGGAUACGGCGGAGGUCUCGGCUACGGUGGAGGCCUGGGUUACGGACUUGGCCUGGGCUAUGGCGGUGGCCUGGGUUACGGCAGUGGGCUGAAAUACGGGGGAUAUGCCCUGAAGGGAUAGAUGCCAUGUAACCACAAGCUAGAAGAAGUCCUUGGUUGCUGUAUUUCUGUCAGCGCUAUGUCCAUGGCGGUAAAGUCGACACAGCGUGGAUAUAUCCUGGAAGAACCAUUUGUAUAUGAAAUGUAAAUAAAUUUCUGUACCGAGAA